UUCUUCAAUAAUGAAUACAUUAAAUAGUAUGACAAAUCCAUAUAAUAUGCCAUCUAUGCCAUAUGGAGGUAUAUUGGAUCCAGAUGGUUGUAGAAUGCUUGCUAGAAAAAUCUUUUCAACUUAUGAUAGUAUAAAUAGGAAAAUUAUUUAUUAAAGUCUCAAAUAAGGGAUAUAUAGAUGUAGUUGAUAUUGGUUCUAUGUUUACAGAUGCUUAUAGGGCAUAAAAUAUAAUAAUAAAACCUAAAGUUAGUGAGACUAAUGGAUUUAUGAAAGCAAUUAAUAGUAUAAAUGAAAUAUAUAGAAUUAGAGAAUGCUUUGAAUAGAAUUACAUUAUAAGAUGUAGAAUAGUAUUGUUUAAAGAAAUUUUGUGGAACUUCCUAUUAGUAUAAAUAAUAAUAAUCAGUCAAUAAGUUGAUUUAUAAAAUAAAUUAGAUAACCUAAUUAUAUUGAAGAAAGGCUUGAGGUUGCAAGAAGUCUUUUCAAAAAACUUGAUGCAGAUGGUUCUGGAUACAUAACUGAAGAUGAAGUUUAUGAAAUAAUACGUGAAACUUAUAGAUAGAUGGGUAAUUUUAUUUAUUUUAGAUAGGAAUGAAAUAUGAACCUACAGUUGAGGAUGUCAGAAGUUGGAUUCAUAUGACAGAUUCUGAUGGAGAUGGAAAAGUUACUUUAGAAGAUUAUGAAAAUUUAGUUUUGAAAUCACUGCAAUAACAAGCUAUUUCAUAUAAUUUAAGUUGAUUUAUUUUUUUAUUAAUA